GCAGCUGCUUAUUAAAGCUCUGAGGACCAAGGGGCAUUGGUCAGAAAUAUCUCUCUAGAUCAGCUACUAGGGGAAAAAAAUACUGAAUUAUUAAGGAUUAAGCCCUACUUAUCACAAUGCACUGCCUGAAAAGUCUGAGGACAGCUAACCCGGGAAUCUUACAGCUAUUUAAAAAUGCAGGGAUCUCCGCCAGAGUUGGAGCUGACAACAUUGUUGUUUUGUCCAGGAGGCAGCAACCUGUUCCCUGCUGGGCUGCAGCAUCACCCCACACCCACAAAGCUUUUCACUACCAGAAAGACCCUGAUGUGGACCAAGGACACCCCAAGAGUAGGUUCAUGUCCAGUAUGGAGGAUCUACUUUUCUACACUAUCACGGAAGGCAAAGAGAUGAUCCCCCUGUCCCAGUUCAUCUCUGCUUUGAGAAAAACAGGUUUGUUGACGUCUGACCCUCGAUUGCGUGACUGUGUCCAUCAGAUGCGGCAAUACUCACGUGACUCUACCGGGCCAGUCAUGAUGGACCAGAAGCUCUUCAGAAGGUGUGUGGGCAACAACAUCAUGCUGCUGACUAAGGCUUUCAGAAAGAAGUUCAUCAUUCCAGACUUUGAACAGUUGACCCAGCACAUCAAUAGGAUGUAUGACAAUGCGCAACAGCAGGAGGCAGGACAAGUAGCUGAUUACAUUCCUCAGCUGGCUAAAUUCAGCCCUGAUCUCUGGGGUGUGUCUCUGUGCACGAUUGAUGGGCAGAGACACUCUGUGGGUGACACCAAGGUUCCCUUUUGUCUGCAGUCAUGUGUGAAGCCUCUGGAAUACGCCAUUGCUCUGCACGAGUUCGGCAGUGACCACGUUCACCAAUUUGUGGGCAAAGAGCCCAGCGGAUUCAAGUUCAACAAACUGUCACUAAAUGACGAAGAUAAACCACAUAACCCGAUGGUAAAUGCCGGAGCUAUCGUCCUCAGUUCUUUAAUUAAGCCUCAUUCAAAUAAGGCAGAGAGGUUUGACCACGUGAUGGAGUUCUUGAAAAGCUUGGCGGGUUCAGAGUAUGUGGGCUUUAGCAAUGCAACUUUCCAGUCUGAGAGGGAUACCGGUGAUAGGAAUUACGCAAUUGGUUAUUACCUCAAAGAGAAAAAGUGCUUUCCUGAAAAUGCAGAUAUGACAGCAGCCCUUGACUUCUACUUUCAGUUGUGCUCCAUUGAGGUGACCUGUGAGUCAGGAAGUGUCAUAGCUGCCACACUGGCCAACGGGGGUAUUUGUCCCAUCACAGGUGAGCGUGUGCUGAGCGCUGAAGCUGUUCGCAACACCCUGAGCCUCAUGCAUUCCUGUGGCAUGUACGACUUCUCCGGACAGUUUGCUUUCCAUGUGGGCUUGCCUGCUAAAUCUGGUGUUUCGGGUGCUGUUCUGCUGGUUGUCCCCAACGUCAUGGGUAUCAUGUGUUGGUCUCCACCUUUAGAUCGGCUCGGAAACAGUGUUCGUGGCAUUCACUUCUGCCAGGAGCUGGUGUCUCAUUUCAACUUCCACAAUUAUGACAACCUGAGGCACUUUACCAAGAAACACGAUCCCAGGAAUAGAUCAGAUGAAGAUUCAAACAAGUCAGUGGUAAACCUGAUGUUUGCAGCCUACAGUGGUGACCUCACUGCUCUGAGGAGGUUUGCCCUUUCAGCUGUGAACAUGGAGCAGAGGGACUACGACUCUCGCACUGCGCUCCACAUUGCUGCUUCAGAAGGUCAUGCAGAAGUUGUUGUCUUCCUAACUGAAGUAUGUAAAGUGAAUCCCCACAUGAAAGACAGAUGGGGGAACACACCUCUAGAUGACGCCAUGCAGUUUGGCCAUGAUGUUAUUGUUUCAGUCUUGCAAGAGUACAUAGAGAGCAACGCACCAUGCAACACAGAGGAGCAGAAGACCACACUGGAUACGCACAGCACGUUAAAAAGCAUCGUCUAAACUAGAGAUGGUCUGAUACCAUUUUUUGCUUCCCGAUACUGAUACCUGAACUUGCAUAUUGGCCCAUAACAAGUACUGAUCCUAUGCCAGUGUGUCAUAUAUUUUAUUAUGUUUUAACAGCUGUCUACUACUAUCCCUGUAUGGAAGUGAUAUGAGUGCUAUCUUGGUUCAGGUUUAACUCUUUGCAAAACAUGAACAAACACAAACAAUGAAUGCCAUAGAACUUUCUUUUAUUAUCCAGUUUGACAGUGAGUCAU